UGUCACUGAUGUGAGGCUUGGACCAUUUAUGCGACCACGGUCCCUUUAUUUCUCCACCUACAUACCCUUUCCCUUGUAAACUCCAGAAGAAUCAAAAUCGAUUUUCAAUUUUCACCGAGGGUUGCAGAAUCUCUCUAAUAAUGUCUGGGGAAAUCACGAGGAAAACUGCUUCCCCUUCUUCGCGACUCGAUGGUCGGGUUGCAAUCGUAACCGGUGCUUCGCGUGGCAUUGGCCGUGAAAUCGCCGUCCACCUCCACUCCCUCGGUGCAAGGGUUGUGAUCAAUUAUGCUUCAAGCUCAACAAAAGCAGAGCUUCUAGCAUCAGAGCUCAAUGCCUCCUCAGCUCAGCCUCGAUCUGCAAUUGCAGUUGGAGCAGAUGUUUCGGACCCAGAUCAGGUAAAGCUGCUAUUUGAAAGAACCGAACAAGAAUUCGGAUCGCAAAUCCAGAUUCUUGUAAACUGUGCUGGGGUGCUGGAUCCAAAGUACCCAACAUUAGCCAAUACAACGGUGGAGGAAUGGGAUAGGACAUUUAAUGUGAACACAAAAGGAGCAUUCUUGUGCUGUAGAGAGGCUGUUAAUCGGUUGGCACGUGGAGGGGGUGGAAGAAUCAUCACGAUAUCAACAUCGGUUGUGGGAUCACUUCUACCAGGGUAUGCAGCGUACGCAGCCUCCAAGGCAGCUGUAGAGACGAUGAUGAAAAUAGUGGCGAAGGAGUUGAAGGGAACGGGAAUAACUGCGAAUUGUGUAGCACCAGGGCCUGUAGCAACCGAGUUGUUCUUUGCGGGUAAAACCGAGGAAACGAUCAAGAGGUUGGUGGAUGGCUGUCCUCUCGGCCGACUCGGGGAACCCAAGGAUGUGACUCAGGUUGUGGGAUUUUUGGCGAGUGAUGCUGGGGAGUGGAUUAAUGGCCAGAUCAUUCGGGUGAAUGGUGGAUUUGUUGUUUAGAUUAAAGCGUCUUUUGCUCUCCA